UUAGGUGGUGUCUUUGAGCUUUUAAAAGAUGAUUGUAAUCAGAUCUACUUGAAAAAUCAAGCAAAUUGAUUUGGUUGGAGUACUGUUUUUAACCGAUUCUUUAAUAUUCAUCUGCUGGAUUCCCAGAAGUUGUGCAUGAUGAGUUCCUGUGGGGAGAAUUGGCAUCUUGGAAAGCAAAGAAGGUUGUGAUGCAGUGUUUUGAUAUGAGGAGAAAAGGAAGCGACAGGACAAUCAUGCCCAUUAGAACUCCAAAUAGUCCAGGUCUUUGCAUCUUGGUGAAAUCAGCCGUGGAACCUUGUACUAGUUGAUGGACAGAAUUUUCCGUAAACUAUUCCUCAUCCCCCACCUCAUCCUGAAUGCCAUAAGACAUCUUUAGAGAUUUGCACUUAGCUUCCAGAUGGACGCUUCUAGAAUGGAGAGAACUGUGUUAUAGCCUGGGUCCAAGGACAUUAUCCUGUAACGCCCACAGACUGCGGUGUGGGUGUGGAAGUUCCAAAGAGUAAAGAGCAAUCAACAAACUUUGCAGACACCCCGGAACAUGGGAGCAACGGAGCUUUAAGGAAAGCACAGCUUUGGAUGUGCCCCAUGUGUCUUCUCGGCUUUCACACCAACUAGCACUUGAGACCUUGUGUAACAAAAUGGACACUGGGGACACAGCUCUAGGACAAAAAGCUACCUCAAGGUCUGGAGAAGCAGAUAAAGCGUCAGGUAGAUGGAGACAGGAGCAGUCAGCUGUUAAGAUGAGCACUUUUGGCAGCCUGGAAGGACAGCGGCAGCCGCAAAUCGAGCCUGAGCAAAUCGGGAACCCAGCCUCAGCACAACUCUUUGGUUCUGGGAAACCGGCCUCCCCCAGUGACGUGGCCCAGCAAGUCUCAGAGAAGCAAUACCCGCCGCACCGUCCGAGUCCUUACUCAUGCCAACACUCACUCCCCUUCCCUCAGCACUCAUUGCCACAGGGGGUCAUGCACAGCAACAAGCCCCACCAGACCCUCGAAGGCCCUCCGUGGCUUUUCCCCGGCCACCUGCCCUCUGUCACCUCCGAGGACUUAUUUUCUUUUCCCCUCCACGGCCACGGUGGCGGUUAUCCCAGAAAAAAGAUGCCCAGCCUGAACCCUGCGUACAGCCAGUACUCCCAGAAGAGUAUCGAGCAGCCCGAAGAUGCUCACAAGAAGGAGCACAAACCCAAGAAGCCCGGCAAGUACAUCUGCCCCUACUGCAGCAGGGCCUGUGCCAAACCCAGCGUGCUCAAGAAGCACAUCAGGUCCCACACCGGCGAGCGGCCCUACCCCUGCAUACCCUGCGGUUUCUCUUUCAAGACAAAAAGCAAUUUGUACAAGCACAGGAAGUCCCAUGCGCACGCAAUUAAGGCUGGCUUGGUCCCUUUCACAGAGUCAGCUGUAGCUAAAUUGGACCUGGAGGCCGGUUUUAUUGAUGUCGAAGCAGAAAUCCACUCGGAUGGGGAGCAGAGCACAGACACGGACGAGGAGAGCUCGCUGUUUGUGGACACUCCUGACAAGAUGAGCCCUGGGCCACCCAUCCCGUUGGACCUUGCAGGCAGGGGCAGCUACCACAGCUCCCUGGAGGAGACCCUGGGGGGUCCCAUCAAGGUGCCCAUUCUGAUCAUCCCCAAGAGUGGGCUGCCGCUGCCCAGCGAGAGCUCCCCGUAUGUGGGCUCAGAGAUGCUCCCCAACCCUUUGCACGCCAAGGCUGACGACUCUCACACCGUGAAGCAGAAACUGGCCCUGAGGCUGUCAGAGAAGAAAGGCCAGGACUCCGAGCCCUCGCUCAACCUUCUGAGCCCGCACAGCAAAGGCAGCACCGACUCCGGCUACUUCUCUCGCUCAGAAAGCGCCGAGCAGCAGAUCAGCCCCCCCAACACCAAUGCCAAGUCUUACGAAGAGAUCAUCUUCGGCAAGUACUGUCGGCUCAGCCCGAGGAAUGCGCUCAGUGUGGCGGCCACCAGUCAGGAGGGCGCCACCAUGGGCCGGAGAGGCCUCAUGGAGCCCCUGCCUCAUGUCAACACCAGAAUGUUCGAGGAUCCCGUGUCACAGCUGCUCCCGGGCAAGGGGGACCUUGACCCCAGCCAGGCAGCCAUGCUGAAAGCCCCUAAAUUCAACAGUGAGCCCCGACAAUCCCAGCCCAUGGCCUCAUCUAUCAGAAAUGAAGGAAAACUGUAUUCAGCGAAUUUCCCAGGCAGCAGCCCCAUGCUCUUAGAAGCUCCCGUCGACUCUUCACCCCUUAUUAGAAGCAACUCCAUGCCAACUUCUUCAGCCACCAAUUUAAGUGUGCCCCCUUCUCUGAGAGGGAGCCACUCAUUUGAUGAAAGGAUGACAGGUUCAGACGACGUGUUCUACCCGGGGACAGUGGGGAUCCCCCCUCAGCGCAUGUUAAGGAGGCAGGCAGCGUUUGAGCUGCCUUCAGUUCAGGAGGGGCACGUGGAGGCGGAGCAUCAUGUCAGGAUGUCCAAAGGCAUCACAGGUUCAUUCUUGAAGGAGAAGAAAUUGAUCCCAGGGGACCGGCUUGGGUAUGACUAUGAUAUGUGUCCAAAACCCUACAAGAAGUGGGAGGACUCCGAAACCUCAAAGCAAAGCUACAGGGACAUUUCCUGCCUGGGUUCUUUCAAACACAGUGGAGACUAUUUUAUGGAUUCCUCGGUGCCAUUGCAGGGCGUGCCAACCAUGUUUGGGACGACGUGUGAGAAUCGGAAACGCCGCAAGGAGAAGAGUGUCGGGGAUGAGGAGGACACCCCCAUGAUUUGCAGCAGUGUUGUGAGCGCGCCCAUGGCCAUCAUGACUUCAGAGUAUGACCCCAAAUUGCAGGUGCAGGAAGGAGCCCGGGGUGCUUUCGCCAUGGGUGGACAUGAGAAUCCCUCUCUGGGGCACUCUGAGCGCUUUGACCUGGGCCGACCCCAGCUGUCAUCAGGGAGCCAUUCUCUGGGGUCAGAGGAGUCACCCUCGGGCCCUGAUUCAGACAAGAUGUCAGACCUGGGGGCUCGGAAGCCACCUGGCAAUGUGAUUUCUGUGAUUCAGCACACCAACUCUCUGAGCAGGCCCAACUCCUUCGAAAGGUCAGAGUCGACCGAGCUCUCCGCAUGCCCACAGGAUAAAGCCUCUUCGCCAUCGGAGACGUGUGAUAGUGAGAUUUCCGAGGCCCCAGUGAGUCCGGAGUGGGCUGCCCAGGGGGACAGUGCGGAGAGCGGGGGGAAGCCAUCCCCGGCCCAGCCGGCCCAGCAGCAGUCCUGUCACGCCCAGCCCAGGCUGGUUCGCCAGCACAACAUUCAAGUCCCUGAGAUCCGUGUCACCGAAGAGCCUGACAAGCCAGAGAAGGAGAAGGAGGCCCAGAGCAAGGAGCCAGAAAAGCCUGUGGAGGAAUUCCAGUGGCCCCAGAGGAGUGAAACCCUCUCCCAGCUCCCAGCUGAGAAGUUGCCCCCGAAGAAGAAGCGUUUGCGACUGGCAGACAUGGAACAUUCUUCUGGGGAGUCCAGCUUUGAGUCCACGGGAACUGGCCUCUCCCGCAGCCCCAGCCAAGAGAGCAACUUAUCCCACUGUUCCAGCUUUUCCAUGUCUUUUGAGAGAGAAGACAGCGUGAAGCUCGCCGGCCCUCCCAGGCAGGAUGAACUCGGGAAGCAUUCCGAGUUCCUGACUGUCCCUGCUGGCUCCUACUCCUUGUCUGUCCCUGGCCAUCACCACCAGAAAGAGAUGCGACGCUGCUCCUCCGAGCAGAUGCCCUGCCCUCACCCGACGGAGGUCCCUGAAAUCCGGAGCAAGUCCUUUGAUUAUGGCAACCUGUCUCAUGCUCCUGUGGCCGGAGCGUCCACCUCAACCCUGUCACCAUCCCGAGAGAGGAAGAAGUGCUUCCUGGUGCGACAGGCCUCGUUCAGCGGUUCCCCUGAGGUUGCCCAGGGUGAAGCUGGGGCAGAGCAGGGGGUGAAGCAGGAGCAGAUGGAGCACCUGCACGCAGGCCUCAGGGCUGUGUGGCACCACGGCCCCUCUGCCGUGCUCCCUCCCCUGCCACCCGACGACCCCGGGAAGCAACCUGUGGGGCCCUGUACCCCACUCGCCUCGGGCUCCCUCCACCUGGCCCCACAGCAGAUCAUUCACAUGGACAGUCAGGAAUCUUUGCGCAACCCCCUGAUGCAGCCCGCACCUUACCUGGCCGGCAAGCACUUGUCCGAACAGCCUCGUUUAUUCCCCCAUCAAGAGACGCUUCCCUUUUCCCCCAUCCAGAACGCCCUCUUUCAGUUCCAGUACCCCACCGUCUGCAUGGUUCACCUGCCAGCUCAACAACCUCCCUGGUGGCAAGGCCAUUUCCCACCACCCUUUGCCCCGCACCCUCAGAAGGGUUACGGCAAGCCUGCCUUCCAGUCGGAAAUGCAUCCUAGCUACCCCUUAGAGCACGUGUCCGAGCACACUGGGAAGAAGUCUGCAGACUAUGUGCAUGCAAAAGAGCAAAGCUAUCCUUGUUAUUCAGGAACGUCUGGGCUGCACUCAAAGACCCUGCUUCCGAAGCUGCCCUCAGACUCAAGCACCAAGUCGGCGGACACGCCAUCCGAGCAGCUGUUCCAAGAAGAUUUUGCUUCCUCAGGCGCUGGGCCUUUACAGUCCCUACCGGGCACGGUGGUUCCUGUGCGCAUCCAGACUCACGUCCCUUCGUAUGGGAGUGUCAUGUACACAAGCAUUUCUCAGAUUCUUGGGCAGAACAGCCCUGCGAUUGUCAUAUGCAAAGUUGACGAGAAUAUGACGCAAAGAACACUGGUGACCAACGCAGCCAUGCAAGGGAUAGGGUUUAACAUCGCCCAGGUGUUAGGGCAGCAUUCGGGCUUGGAAAAAUACCCCAUUUGGAAAGUACCUCAGACCUUGCCCCUGGGCUUGGAGUCCACCAUCCCGCUAUGUUUACCGUCCACCUCUGAUGGUGUAGCUACCCUGGGAGGGAGCAAACGCAUGCUUUCUCCAGCCAGCAGCUUAGAACUCUUCAUGGAAACCAAGCAGCAGAAGAGGGUCAAGGAGGAAAAGAUGUACGGCCAGAUCGUGGAGGAGCUCAGCGCUGUGGAGCUGACCAACUCCGACAUCAAGAAGGACCUCUCCCGCCCGCAGAAGCCCCAGCUGGUCCGCCAAGGCUGUGCCUCAGAGCCGAAGGAUGGCUCACAGUCAAGGUCAUCUUCCUUCUCCUCACUGUCACCCUCCUCAUCUCAAGACCACCCAUCUGCCAGUACACCCUCCAGAGAGCCAUUCCCACCCGGCAGGGAGAUGCUUUCUGGCUCCAGGACCCUACCCCCGGGACAGAGGUCCAGUGGCCACUCCGAAAGCAAAGAGUCAUCAGAUGAGUUAGAUAUCGAUGAGACCGCAUCUGAUAUGAGCAUGAGCCCCCAGAGUUCUUCGUUGCCACCAGGGGAUAGUCAGCCUGAAGGUCAAGGCAAGAGCCAGAAGCUGCCUGUUGGCAUGCUGGUCCAGAUGGCAUCAGGCCCGAGUGGGAAAGGGGCAAACUCAACUCUCCUUCUCACGGACGUGGCAGAUUUCCAGCAAAUUCUUCAGUUCCCCAGCCUGCGGACAACAACUACUGUGAGUUGGUGCUUCUUGAAUUAUACAAAACCCAAUUAUGUGCAGCAGGCCACCUUCAAAUCCUCUGUGUAUGCUUCAUGGUGCAUCAGUGCCUGUAACCCAAACCCAUCAGGAUUGAACACCAAAACCACGCUGGCUCUUCUGAGGUCCAAGCAAAAAAUUACCGCAGAAAUUUAUACUCUGGCUGCUAUGCAUAGACCUGGAACCGGCAAGCUUACAUCAUCGAGUGCUUGGAAACAGUUUGCUCAGAUGAAACCUGAUACACCAUUUUUAUUUGGCAGCAAAUUAGAAAGGAAACUAGUGGGAAAUAUCUUAAAAGAAAGAGGGAAAAGUGAUAGUCAUGGAGACAAAGAUAUUGGAUCCAAACAAACUGAGCCAAUUCGGAUUAAAAUUUUUGAAGGAGGGUACAAAUCAAAUGAGGAUUAUGUAUACGUGAGAGGGCGUGGACGCGGGAAGUACAUUUGUGAGGAAUGUGGGAUCCGCUGUAAGAAGCCGAGCAUGCUCAAAAAACACAUCCGCACUCACACUGAUGUCCGACCCUACGUUUGCAAGUUAUGUAACUUCGCCUUCAAAACAAAAGGAAACCUAACAAAGCAUAUGAAAUCUAAAGCGCACAUGAAGAAAUGCCUGGAGUUGGGCGUCUCAAUGACGUCGGUGGAAGACACAGAAGCCGAGGAAGCAGAAAACAUGGAAGACUUGCACAAAGCCACAGAGAAGAAUAGCAUGUCCAGUAUUUCAACUGACCAUCAGUUCUCAGAUGCUGAGGAAUCGGAUGGUGAGGAUGGAGAUGAUAACGAUGAUGAUGAUGAAGAUGAUGAUGACUUUGACGACCAGGGAGAUUUGACACCAAAAACAAGAUCCAGAAGCACCAGUCCUCAGCCUCCUAGGUUCUCCUCCUUGCCUGUGAAUGUUGGCGCUGUACCCCAUGGGGCUCCUUCAGAUGGUUCCUUGGGACAUUCUUCACUGAUCAGUUAUUUGGUUACUUUGCCAAGUAUUCAGGUUACUCAGCUUAUGACACCCAGUGAUUCAUGUGAAGAUACCCAGAUGACAGAAUACCAGAGGUUAUUCCAGAGUAAAAGCACAGACUCGGAACCGGACAAAGACAAGUUGGACAUACCUAGCUGUAUGGAAGAAGAUUAUGUGCUGUCCUCAGAGCCCAGCUCUUCCCCAAGGGAUUUCUCACCCUCCAGCCGUCAUUCCUCUCCAGGAUAUGACUCUUCGCCCUGUCAAGAUAACUCACCAAAGAGGUAUCUGAUACCCAAAGGAGAUUUAUCGCCCAGAAGACAUUUGUCACCCAGGAGAGAUCUGUCACCCAUGAGACAUCUUUCGCCAAGAAAAGAAGCUGCGUUGAGAAGAGAGAUGUCACAAAGGGAUAGUUCUCCAAGAAGACAUUUGUCCCCGAGGAGGCCACUGUCACCUGGGAAAGACAUCAGUGCAAGAAGAGACCUCUCCCCCAGAAGAGAGAGAAGAUACAUGACCACCAUAAGGGCGCCAUCACCAAGAAGGGCUUUAUACCACAAUGCACCAUUGUCCGUGGGGCAAUAUCUGCAAGCAGAGCCAAUUGGAUUGGGGCCUCCUAAUCUAAGAAGAGGAUUACCUCAGGUUCCAUACUUCAGUCUCUAUGGAGACCAAGAAGGUGCUUAUGAACAUCAAGGCUCCAGCCUUUCCCCUGAGGGUUCUAAUGACCACGUCUUCAGUCAUCUUCCACUCCACUCUCAGCAGCAAGUGCGAGCUCCUAUCCCCAUGGUGCCAGUUGGUGGGAUCCAAAUGGUUCACGCCAUGCCGCCAGCCCUUUCUGGUUUACAUCCUCCACCCACAUUGCCUCUGCCAAUGGAGGGCGCUGAGGAGAAGAAAUGGGCUUCGAGAGAAUCCUUCACCAAGGAUCCCUAUGCUGUUCCCAAGCAGUUUGAGAAGCGAUCUCACAUCUUGCAGUCCUCUGGUCCACCCAGCACUCCCUCCUCUCCUCUGCUAUUGUUGAAACAGAGCACUUCCGAGGACAGCCUGAAUUCAACCGAGAGGGAGCAGGAGGAAAAUAUCCAGACUUGUACAAAAGCCAUUGCCUCUCUCCGGAUUGCCACAGAAGAGGCCGCUCUGCUUGGGGCAGAUCAGCCGGUGCGUGUGCAGGAGCCCCAACAGAAACCCUUGGAGGGUGCACACAGCAGCGCGAGACACUUCAGUGGACCUGAGCCCGGUCAGCUCUGUACCUCAGCUCCCCACCCUGACUUGCAUGAUGGUGAAAAGGACACUUUUGGUCCAUCACAGACCACAUUAGCUCAUCCCACCUUUUACAGCAAGAGUAGCAUGGAUGACAAACAGUUGGGCUUUCAGAGCAGCAAAGAGUUAUCUUCAAGCACAGAGGAAGGCAGCGAGCCUUCAUCAGAAAAGAGUAAACUACACUGAUCUAAGAUGCAUGGAGACUUUCAUUUACACAUUUUCCCAUUUUGGUUUUGGUUUCUUUUUUCUAGAAAUAGAGGUAAUCAAGUUGAUAGCAUGCCUGUCCUAAGUUAAUGGUAGUUUGCUCUUAUAUAUACUUUUGUUAUAUCAAAAGAAUUAGGUAAAAAUAACAAGUCAUCAUGAACCUGACCAAAACGAAAUUUGAAAUUAACCUAUUGGGUCUGGUACUUUUAAAAUUGUACAGAUGUUUGUGCCUUUUCUUUACUUUGCUUAUAUUCUUAUAAGCAUUUUUUAGCAGUAAUUUGUACAUAUUUUAGAAUUUGUGUAUCUGCUUUGUAAUAAAUGUAAUUUCUUUCCAUUUUUGGACACUUGGAUCUAAAUGAUGUAAAGCGAAAACAGCAUCAAUAUAUAUGUGAGGUUGCACUAAAACAUAUUUUUAUAUGAUUAAAACUGAACAGCUUUUAUGUACAGCUCUGAUUCUGUAAUACUAAUAUUUAUUUACUUUGUUUCAUAAAUUGUACAUUUUUUCUUAAUGUUGUGGAUUGCUUUUUUAUGUGAAGCAUGGGAUUUACUGUUGCGUAACUAGAACAAAAAUGUAUAUUGUAAACAAGAUAUUUAAACUAGAGUAUCUUAUUCUGCACUUAUGCAUUAGUUUAAAAAAACAAAAAGAUAAAGGAUGUAUCAGUCAGUUCCUAACUCUUGUACAUUUUUUUGUCUAGUGUUUGCUGGAUUGACUAUAACUUAAGUGCUGAUUGUGAUUUUAAACUGAUAAUACCGUAAAGCAUUAAAGUAAACAAUGUGCUAUUGUGAGUUUUUUCAAAGCUUUAUAAAUCAGUUAUAAAUAAUAUUAAAAGUAUUUGGUCUUAUGUGAACAUGUUGAUCUAUAUACUCACCUAAAAAUAUGGGAAACAUUCCACCCCAUGUAAAUAUGUACAAGUGCAUCACUGGUACAAUUUUAUGUAAACUCAGUUGGACACUAGGUUGCCACAGACCUAUGCUAGAGUGUCUUUAAAAAUUAAAGUGACAAAGCACAUGGGACUGUGUAAAAGCUUGGUUAUUGGCCAGCCCAGUGGCGUGGCCGGCGGUGCUGUGCGCUGCCCAUGGAGAAGACCUGGUCUUAACAAUCUGCUUGGUUCUUGCUGCACAAGAUGGUGACUGGAGCUAAGGCUGCUACAGAGGGCUUGUGCUUGGACUCUGAAGGGGGGGGGGUGUGGAAGCAGGGAUGGGGUUGGAGACCUGCUGUGCUCGCCAGCUCUUCCCAUCAGCCAGGCAACACGGUAACAGGGUUGGCAUCAGCUUUGGGAGAGAAGCCACUUGACCCUAGAUGGGGAAGAGUGGCCUGCUCCUGGCUACCUCAGGGGGAAUGGGGAAAGAAGCUUUUUAAAGGAAAAGAACUUGUGGGAGGAGGACAUAUUUCUGUAUAGAACAUUCAGAAUGGCUUUUGGUUGGAGUCCGAAGGUGGGAGAGCCUUUGGUUGUAGGUCCUGAAGAGCAGAGAGAGGGACGGGGUGCCGCGCAUGUGCACGUGCACGCAUGUAUGUGUGUGCACACGCAUGCGUACACAACCUGGGUUGUCUUUUGUGCUAUAUAGUGGAUUAUUCUGUGAAACCAAGUUUGUAUAUUGAAUUACAUUAAGGAGUGUUCUUUAAAAAGAGAAAUAAACAUACAAUUACAUGCUU